UUCCCCCAAUCCCACUACUCUUUUUUCUCUGUAUCACCCUUUAACUUUCCCGCUCUCUCUUCUCUUCCUCUCAAGUUUCUUUCUUUCUCUCUCUAUAUCUCAUGCUUGUGCUUUUUAUGUAUGUCUUCUUCCACCUCUCUGAAUUUCUUAUUCUUUUCUUCAAAAUCCUUAGACUGGUCUUUGUCUGAAAUUUACCUUAUAAACUUCGACACCACCAUUUUCAAGAAAAUAAAAAGAGAUGAACAAUAGAUUCCGACCAUCUCUACACCCCAAAAAAGUUCCUUUGAAUCCUCAAAAGGAGAAGAAGAUGGAAAUACAGCAAAACAAAUUCUUGUCUGUAGAGAAGCCCAGAGUUAAUCGGCGUCAAGCUGCUAAAGAGAGAAAAUUAGCCUUACUUCAAGAUGUUGAUAAGCUAAAGAAGAAGCUGAGGCAUGAAGAAAAUAUCCACAGAGCAUUGGAAAGAGCUUUUUACAGACCUUUAGGAACUCUACCUCGCCUUCCUCCUUAUCUUCCCAAAUAUACAUUAGAGCUUCUUGCUGAAGUAGCUGUUUUGGAAGAAGAAGUGGUCCGGCUUGAGGAACAGGUUGUUAAUUAUAGACAAGGUCUCUAUCAAGAAGCAGUUUCCACAUGCUCAAGGCUAAAUACGGACGAUAAUCAUUUGUCUGAUUCAUGCCCUCAGAGACAUGGUAAAAUUUCUAAGCAAAGACAUUCAAGAUCAUUUUCCAUGAGUGAAGUCAAUCUCGGAUCAUCCGUGCCACAGUCUUCUCUUUCUCUAGAUAGGAGUGCUUCAAGUAGAAAGUUGUUUUUAAAAGAAUCAGUGUUUGGUAGCUCGAGAAUUAGCUAUGAUGUAACAUCAAAUAGCAGACAAGCUGUCAUGAAGAAUUGCAAUGACUCAUUGAUAGAUGGCCUACGAAAAGAGAAUCACUCGGCUGAUAGUUGUACUAAGGAUAAACCAUCUCCACAGAAGCAAGUCAGCACGAUAAAAACUUUGUUAGUAAGGCCUCCUGUUAAGCCUGAAUCAAUCAGCAAAAUAGCAGAUGUUAGGGUUCAGUGCAGGGUUGUAGAACAAGCACAAGAGAGUUAUUUAGCUUCUUCAGAUGAACGGGAAUUGGAAGCUGAAAGCACAGAAAACAAAAUAUCUGAAGACAUUUUAAAGUGCUUGUCUAGCAUCUUAUUAAGGUUGAGCACAUCUAAAGGGAAGAUAGCUAAUACAGAAUCUUUUCGCUCUUUAGGAGCAAAAGUCUUGAAUGAAAGGGAGUUGCAAGAUCCGUAUUGCAUCUGCUCAGAACAAAGGAAGCAAGAUAUUGGCGAAUACGGAUAUAUACUCACUAUAGAUGCUAACUCUGUUAAUCUAAACCGGAAAAUGAAUGCUUCGUUUCUGAUUCACAGACUUAAGAUUCUCCUUGGCAAGCUAUCAUCUGUGAAAUUAGAGGGUUUGACUCAUCAACAGAAGUUAGCAUUCUGGAUAAACACAUACAAUUCAUGUGUGAUGAAUGCAUUUAUAGAGCAUGGUAUUCCAGAGACUGCUGAACAAGUUGUAUCACUAAUGCAAAAGGCAACAAUUAAUGUGGGAGGGCAUUUUCUAAAUGCAAUCAUGAUUGAGCACUUUAUCUUGAGGCUACCGUACCACUUAAAAUAUACCUGUUCAAAGUCGGCAAAAGACACUGAGCUGAAGGUUCGGAGCGUUUUUGGCUUGGAGUGGUCUGAACCUCUCGUCACAUUUGCACUCUCCUGUGGAAGUUGGUCCUCCCCUGCAGUGAGGGUUUACACUGCAUCUCAAGUUGAAACUCAGUUGGAAACAGCAAAAAGAGAUUACUUACAAGCAGCAGUUGGUAUUUCAGCAACAAAUAAGCUCAUUAUCCCCAAGUUGUUGGAUUGGUAUCUUCUUGAUUUUGCAAAGGACUUGGAUGCAUUACUUGAUUGGGUGUGCCUCCAGCUACCAGAUGAACUUAGAAAUCAAACUAUGAAAUGCCUUGAGAGACGAGGAAGAGAACCCCUUUCACAAUUAGUUCAAGUAAUGCCUUACAAUUUCAGCUUCAGGUACCUCAUACACCAAUAAAAUAUUGCUUCCACUAGUUCCAGAGUACUAGCUCAGAAGACAGAAUACUAGUAAAGGAACUGUCUGAGAAGCAUAACAUUUCAGAGGGAUGUGUUAAUGGAACUAAUGAUGGUCAUUGAUAUUGUUCCAGAUAACAGUAUAGGAUUGUAGCAAAUUCAAUUCUUUGUAUCUCUUAGACACCUACGUUAAUAAACUCGACGAGAUCAUUAUCUCUAGAGUAAGCAAAAAUGUUGCUUGCUGAAACACAGGUUGUGGAAUCAGAGUAUAUGUGAUGUGAUUAUUUGUAGAGUUAAAUUCUGCAGCCAAGGUUGUGUCUCAUUCAA